GCCGGUCCGGUGGCUAAAGCUUGGAGAACUUUCCAGUUCAUCAGCCCCAUUAUCACCUAUAUGCGUGGGGGAUCCCAGCAGGUGGUGGUGAGGAUGCACCAUGUGAGUAGGGUUCGAGGCCUGGAGACUCAACUGGUGUGGGCCAUCUCCAGGGAGACAGCCAGACUUAGUUCAGAGGGCAUCCCCUACUGUGCCACCAAGGUUCAGUCCGUCACUUGGAUCCUGUAUAUGGCUGGCAGGGUGACCCAGUAUGCUUCUCACCUCCGCCAUGAGACGUCUGUGGACGUGACCCUUGGCUGCUACCAGCAGACUGAUGUCUCGGUGGUGUAUGCCACUCUCCACAUGGGGCCGGAUGGGCUGCUCUCCUCCUCGGCGUGGUCGGAGGCUGCCUCCGUGUCUACGCCCACCAAUCAGCAGUUCACUAAGCCAGAGCCUGAAUGCCACAACUGCUAUGAGGGCUGGGAGGAGGACCUGCUGCCUGAGGAGAGGGAGGUUCCUCUGCUAAACCUCUACCUUACCACCAAGAGAGUGGAGGACAUCGCCCUGAGGCUCGUCUCCCUGCGCCAGGCCUUCACUGACGAGGCCGAAUUCAUCCGUGCCUAUAACGACUUUGUGGACUACCUGAGUGACCCCUCCAAGCAGAUUGACAUUGAGAGGGAGCUGGCUGAGGCAAAGAUCCAUCAUGUUAACCUGAUAGAUGUCCUUUUUGAACUGGUGCUUUUUGGGAUGAUGACAGCUCAGAAGUCCCUGAUGGUGCACCCUGGUGGGUUCAUGGAGCGUCUGUACGCUCUCCUGUACUCCUUCCUGCCCAUAGCUGCCAGCAUUGAGCCAAAGGCCGAGAGAUACCUGCUGCUGCUCAAUGGCGGGCUGAUGGCUCUGCUAGAUGACAUGUUUGGGCAGCAGCUGGCCUGGUACUUUAACCCAGUGUCUCUGGUCACUGAGCUCUCCAACCUCCUGGAGUACCACCUGGAGAACCUCAUGGCCAGCAUGUAGUCCUACUCCAGAGAUCUGAAAGGCCACAUUUCUUUCUCUUUCUCUCAGGAAUUGAGGACUUUAAGUGCUUCACUGAACCCUGAUUAGUUAACACCCAUUGAAUUAAUGUAUUCUCUUGUUUUCUCUCCCCACAGGAUUCUUGCGACACUUUGCCACCACACAGGGGUCUAGACACAAAUGCACUACAUUACUUUGCACUGAAUUUUACAUUUUUAAAUAAAAUAAC